GAAGGCGGUAUCCUUGCGCAGGGUUGCUAAGGGUGAAACUUUUCAUUGACUUUGCUCACUUUGGGCCGGGAGCGGGUGGCUUCAGGUUCCCUGCGGAGGGAAGGAAGGAAAGGGAGGCAGGAAGGGAGAAAAGGGGGCGCCCCAGACAACAACAACCCACAACAACAGCACCGUCAUCAUCAUCUCACCCCACUUUGGAUUUGGCCUCUUAAGAGUGGGGAUUAAGUGACCUAAAACCAGCAACCUACUAAAUUACACAAACAAAACAAAAAAAUCGAACGUCUACCAUCUUUGCAUCAGCACUUUGUGAAAAAAAGAAAACAACUCCCAAGAAACAACCUGGAAAGAGAAAGAAGCCACCAACCCAUCUCACCUGGUGCUGUGAAAAAGAAAAAUUUUUUUGAAGCCAAAAUCCGUCUAUGUUUGUUUGUCUUGUCUAUUUUUAAGAUACUGCCCUAACUUGUUUGCUGUGAAGGGAGUAUGCAUCUGGAGAUCAAAGUUGCUCUGAACUUCAUCAUCUCAUACCUGUACAACAAGCUUCCACGGAGGCGGGCCGAUCUGUUUGGGGAAGAGCUAGAGCGGCUGCUAAAGAAGAAAUAUGAAGGCCAUUGGUACCCAGAGAAACCCCUGAAGGGUUCCGGAUACCGCUGUGUUCACAUUGGGGAGACCGUCGACCCAGUGGUGGAGAUGGCAGCCAAGCGGAGUGGACUGGCAGUCGAGGAUGUGCGGGCCAACGUCCCCGAAGAAUUGAGCGUCUGGAUCGACCCCUUUGAGGUCUCCUACCAGAUUGGUGAGAAAGGGUCUGUCAAAGUCCUUUACCUAGAUGACAGCGAGGGCUGCAGUGCAGCUGAGCUAGACAAGGAGAUCAAGAGCAGCUUCAAUCCUGACGCUCAAGUGUUUGUCCCCAUUGGAAGCCAGGACAACUCCUUGUCCAACUCUCCAUCCCCGUCUUUUGGCCAGUCGCCCAGCCCUACAUUUAUUCCCCGCUCCGCACAGCCCAUUACCUUCACUACUGCCACUUUUGCUGCCACCAAGUUUGGCUCAACUAAAAUGAAGAAAGGUGGAGGAGCCGGAGCAAGCACUGGUGGCACUGGGGUCCCACCACAGCAGCAACAGCAGCAGCAGCAACGCCUCGCCCGGUCCCCCACCAAUGGCCUGCUGAAGCACAAAGGCCUCUCCCUGUCUAUGCAUUCUCUGAACUUCAUUGGGGGCAGUCCGGCCCCGCAGUCUCAGCUCUCCCCCAAUGCCAAGGAGUUCGUUUACAAUGGCGGAUCGCCUGGGGCCAGCAGCCUCUUCUUUGAUGGUGUAGCCACUGAGAACCAGGCAGGUGGCCUACCUCCAGCAUCCCAGUUCAGUGCCAGUGGUGGCAGCAGCAGCAGCUUUGAUAUGGCUCAGGUCUUUGGUGGAAGCACUAACAGCCUCUUUCUGGAGAAGACACCCUUCGUGGAAGGACUCAGCUACAAUCUGAAUGCCAUGCAGUAUCCCAGCCAGUCGUUCCAGCCAGUGGUUUUGGCCAACUGACCACCUUGAGAGUAUUCUGAGGAAAUAACUUCCAAAAAAGAGAAAAAAAUAAUUAGAAAUAUUUGAUAUCUUAUAAAUAUAGCUUCUUGGAAAGAGACAAAUCCUGAUUCGUUGUGUCAUGCCAGGGAGCGCUGCUGAAGCACUGAUUUUUCUUUUCUUUUAAAGCUCAUAUCGUGUGCUCUUUUCUACCACUGUCAUACAUUGAAGGGCAGAAGUUAUCUUCUCAUUUCAGCAGUGGUGGGAAUCAGCAUCACCUUAAGUUUUCCCAUGCUGCUUCAUGGAACUAGUUCUCCAAUAUACUCGCUGUAAGGGUGGCCUUCUUGAAGGUACUGUUGUGUCUCUCAAGCCCAGAUGUUGUGAUUAUUUCCCCCAUUAUGCAGUGGCCUGGGGUGGGGAGAGAGACAGAUUUAGAUUGCUUCUAGAUGUGUGAAGUCUCUAGCACUUCAGAGGUGAGGAGAAGUCUUGGAGUAGCUUCUGUCAUGUAUGAUGAAUGGCACAGAUGGUGGGAAAAAGAAGUUAUUACUUGUAGCUGUCAGAUUUCAUACUCCUGUUGCAGAACAGGAAUAGAACAAAGUUCUCAGUUUUUUUUUUUGCCUGUGUGAACUGGUAAUGGCAGGGUCUUAACAGUUAAAAUGCUACUUCCCCGAAAGCCCUUCUCACUCAAGGGAACAACCCUGUAGCCUCUGGAACAGUUCUUUGCCUCGUAUUUCUUCAUCUGUGCCCCAUCUGCUCCUCUUCUCUAACCUCUUAAGAGUACAGGGCAAGGUAAACCCUUUGAGAAGCUCAGACCUAGUGUCACUUGCUAAUGCUGUUGUGUAUAAAUAGAUCUCUAGAUGCAAACAUUUUUGACUUGUAAGAAGAAUUGAUCCGUGUUCCUUGUACUCUCUUCAAGGGUAGGAGUGAAUGUUGGCUUCCUGCAGUUUUUGUGCCUGAGCAGCCCCUUUGAUCUUCCUCUGGACCAAAUGCCUUGGUUUAAUGGGGCUCUGGUUACUAGUUCUCAUGGAAUGAUAACUCCCCUCCUUUUGAAUACUGUAUAGCACUAUUUUUGGCUGGGAAGAGAGAGUUGCCGUGCAGAUUGCUUUCUGGAUGGAUGGCAUGAGGGUUUGCACUUUGAAUUUUGUGUGUCUUAGGACGUUUGACCAAAAACCUUAUGACUUUUCAUUUGAAAGGAAGCAAGUAUUCUGGUAUAUAACAGCAACCUAUGUAUUUAGUCCAGCAUGGGCUUCUUCCAUUUCAGGACUUUGCAUGGUGGGAAUUAAGGGGCUUUCUGUAGAAUUUCCAAGUGACUUAAGUGAUGGACAGAAGACAGUGUUCUCUGAUGAAUGUAGGUCUCUAUUGCUGAUUAGUUAGGAAACCUGAUGGUAUUCCUUGCAUCCUCCUUUUUCAGCAAGAGAGUACAGCCUGGGAAACAGGAUAGUAGUGGCCUUCAAGUUGACUGUUUUGCAGAUGAGUUGACAAAAUCUGCCUUUGGCAGCAGACACUUCCCCAUCUAUGCCUUGUGAGAUGAUUGGUAAAUGCCAAGAACUACCUACUUGCGGUAAAAAAGGGUUGCAAUUCUUUUAGGGCAGAGGACAGAUUGCAGGGAGCUUGAGAGAUACAUGUAGUGCUAAGCCCUGGGUGUUUUUUUUGUGUGUGUUUUUUUUGGGGGGGGGGCGGGGGGGAGGUCAUCCCACCAAAUUUUUACCACUGCCAAAAUUGGUGCCAUCAUAGUGAGUGGUAGAAGCAGUUAAAGCACCUUUUUUCUCUCUGCUUCACCACAUUAUAGAGAUCCCAAUAAUUUUGCUAGGAAACGGAAAGUGGGGGAGUCUACAUCUUGAUUUCCAGCAGGGUCAUUGUUCCAAUGACAUGAGAAGGUGGUGCUUUUUGUAGUUAAUGUCGAUUCUGAUGACAGCAAAUUUGGCAGUAGAGAACAACACCUGGUAUGCAUAUAGCAUCCCAGCCCAAAGAAGUGAUCCACCUCUGUUCUGAAAAAUUAUAACAUGAGGCCGUGAAGACAGAUAGAAAGGAGGAUUGUGAGUUGUAUAUUGUCUACCCCCUUCCCAUUUUGUGUUCUCGACAAUGGGGAGUGGUUAAAACGUGUCAAGCCUUGUCACUUCCCCUUCUUUGAUAAGGGUCAUCUUGGGCAGGUAGGCUGCAACGUGCUUUGCUUGACCCCUCCAGUAACUUGACAGGAGGCUUCCAAGGUCCCACAUCUGCCCCCAAAGCUAAACUGAGGAUAUCUGCAGGAUUGUAUAUGAGCCUUAACUGCCAUAGCCAUUUGCCCUCCUGUGAAGGAUACCUAUCGUUGAUGCACUAAAAAUUGGGGUGUAGCAUAUGAAGACGAUCUCCUGCAAAGGCCACACCAUGCAACGGAUGUGUAGGAAAUCUUCUCAGUGUGCCACCCCCCAAGCUGAGCCUUUUGUUUGUUUGCCCUUUCCUCCUCUUUGCUGGGCUAAGGAAAAAGGACACUAAAGGGGUCUCAGCACUCUGCCUAUACUCUGUGACUCACUCAGUGGAUGAGGAGAGAAGACGCUGCUGGGCAAUGAUGUGUUGGGUGAAAUUUGAUGGGGCUAAAAGUAGAAAACCCUCACAAGACACUUAGGACCUGUUUGGCAAAGGCAUAUGUGGUUUGUCUUCCCUAUCUCACCCCCCGCAACAUUACCACUGCCACCCGCUUCCCCCUUUGGAUUGUACUGUAGACUGACUGCCAAGCUCUAACACUGGAUUUGAACCAUAUCUCCCUCUCUGAGAAGAGUUGCUGGCUUCCUAUCCACCUGGGUAAAUCUCUUUGAUUAUUUAGUCCUGCAGCAGAAAGCUGCUGAGGUGGGAUUAUGUAUCCCUCUAAAGCCUAAUACAUUAAAGAGAGAGAGGAAACCUCACUAGCACCUGUAAUGUGUGAUGUUCACCACUUUAUCCUGCUAAUUUCUUUUUUUGGAAAGAGAGUCUACACACUCGAGGAGGAAAAGGGGAGGGACCAACCUCUGUUUCCUAAAGGAAUACAUACCGUGCUUCAGAAGCAUUUCCAGUGCUGGCGACAAUGAAACUCAUGGCCUCUUUUUUGGUCUUGUUGUCUCAAGAGUUAGACGUUCAGCUUCAAUUUUAUUUUUAAAACCUGCACUAAUUUACCUGGUUUCUUAGGAAGAAAAAGAGAUUUUUUUUAACUUUUAUUUUUAUGGGUUUGUGUUAAUUUUUUUUGUUCGUUUAUAUUGAAUAAUUUGCUACAUUUGUAAAAUGUAAGAGGUAUAUAUAAUAUAUGUAUAUUUCUAACGUAAAAAAAGAAUUGAAAAAUUUCUUUUCAAGAUUUUUUCUUAGAGGAGAGAGAGAGAAAAAAUAUUUUUUCAGGAAAAUUUUAAAAAAGCAGCAGUGAAAGCUCCUUUCUCCCCUCGACUCCUUCCUGACCCUUUUUGAAGAGUGAAUCAAAAGUGUGUGAUAUUAGGAGAUGGAUGAACACAAAAAGGACAGAAUUAUGUAUGUUUUUUAAUGCAGAGGUCCAUGCUGUUCUUGGUUUUUGAGGGGUUUUUUUUGUUUUGUUUUACAGGCAGGGGCCAUUGAGUCGGGAUCCAGAGGGGGGUGGGUUCUUUUCUUUCUUUUCCCUUUUUUCUCUAGAGAAGGAGGAAUACAAUCAGAGUUUUGUAUUCAGAAUGUUGUGCAAUAUUUUGGAACAGGACAUUGGUGUGUCUAGAGAUUUAGUUAAAAACAACAAAGGUUGAUCAAAUCUGUACAGUUUCUAUUGUUCCAGAUUUUUUUAAGUUUGUAUUAAAAGCAUGAUAUAUAAUA